UGGCGGCAGAAUCUGUAGAAAACGUCGUUUGAGAUUAUGUCGCAGCAUCAAAAGCACCUUAGUGCGUAUUUGAAAUCCAAACGCUCUGGAUCAACAUCGUCAGGUGCUGCAACAGAUAGGAAAACCCUUACUGGAGUGAGAACAUCGUCAACCCAAAAAGGAAAAUCACAUCCAUCUGCUGAUUUGAAAUUGAAGAGAGGAUUGGACCUUACCAGGGUUCCAGAGGAAAUCCUCUUAAAGAUAUUCAAAUACCUGAGUCCGUCUGAACUGCUGGUAUGUGCUCAGGUGUGUCACAAGUGGUCUGCAGUUUCACAAGACAGCUGUCUGUGGGAGCCACUGCUCCCUUAUCUUCCGAAGCGAGUUAGAGACACUAUAACCUUUAAAGAAGCAAAAGAGGAAAGUUUUGACUGGAAGCAUGAAAUAAUCAAAAGAUGUAUUCAGGCAAGGAAUGAAGACAUGCUCAGAAAGCGUGGAGUUUCACCUUACACUGGAUUACAAAAAGAUGUGUUUCAUCCCCUUAGGUAUACUGACAUUAGAUGGAAGCUUUGUGUCACAGACACCUCUCGUAAGGAAUAUUGGAGGUCAUCUGACUGCAGCACACCGUUCCAGUCUUCACUCUGUGUCCGCUGGUAUUCUCUACAUUUACCACCUCUCUCGAAACUGAAGACACUCCAGGUGUUUGCUUUUGUGCCGGUUUUCUUUAGCAGAAGUUGGAAGCCUCACUAUGAUAGUGCCACUACAAGAUCUCUUAUCCUCCAAUUUGAUCUUCGCGGCUCUAAAGGUUCCCAAUUGGUUUUUUCACAAGCUACAGCCGUUAGUGGAGCUGGAAUGAUAACAGCGCAUGUGAUAUGUUCCUCUACAUUAGCAGCUUGCUGGAGCGCAUCUUGGAAGGUUGGUGGUGAGCUAGCUUUUGUUACACUUUGCCUACAUCAGCAUAACCUGACCAAAAAAGUCCUCCUGGGUUCGCAUUGCAGAACUUUCAUACCUUCAGCCCAUGUGCCUGUCCCUGAUGACAUAGACCCAAAGUAUGGACUUCAUGGAUAUUCUGCUACAAUAGAACUGAGAAAUCACAAAACGACUUUCUGGGGACGGCAGUACAGGGAACUCUACCAACAAUACUUGGCUGAUUCUUACGUUUCCCUUGGAGGUGGCGGCCACGAACAUGGUUCAUUUACGAGGAAGCUUUCACUUCCUUGGAAAACGGAAUUCUUCAAAAACGUCCUACCCGAUAUGUGUUUCUUAGAUUUGACUGUUCUACAUGAUAGGAAGCCUUUUUGGUGUUUCAGCUCGCCCGUAAAGAUUUUUAUCAACAAAGUAUUAGAUGGUGAUUUCACUUCAGACGGAGAGAAACAGUUUAUCGAAUACAGUGAUGAACAUGGCACUAUAAGAAUGGAUUUUCUUUGGAUCGAAGAUGAGGAACAAACACUUGUUACUAACGUUGAGCUGCGUGUCUUGAAGUCUUUUGUAAACUUCUGGUUCCACACGGCCUAUUGAAGUCAAAUGGUCUCGACCAGUCCCUGUCCCGCGACUCAAUACCAGUCCUCCCCGUUAAUUCAGAGGAGAGUGUCAUUACCCAAGGAGAGGAUGGUGAUGUUUAUCGAAUAAUGGGGCAAACUACAGAUGUAUAUUAGUUUGGACAGCUGGAUGAUGGCGUUUUGUGCGUUUUUCCAGCAACUACCUAGUUUAUUCAGGCAACGGCAUAAAAAAAAGUUUGCCGCUCAUCAGUUAGAAUCCCAACUGGGUAUUUCUAUCAAAGAUCUCGAGGCAUCAUUAGAAAUCUCGAUUUACUCUGCUAAAUACGGUAGUACAAUUCCAAAAAUGUUUUACUGCAAAUAUCAAAGUUUUUCAAAGAUUUUUUUUUUGAUUUUUUUUGAGUACUUAAAGUAUAUUGCCUGUCUAGGAGCUUGUACCUAGCGAAUACUAAUAGAUCGACCAGUCAGAACACGGGAUUUCCGAUUUGAAUUUUUAGUUUUUUAAUGAAUGGAGAAAAAGCCUUUGUACAGAUCAAUUUUACAUGACGGAUUUCGAAUAAUUUUCUGUUUAGGUCAAUAAAUAAUGUAGAACACCUCUAAUUUUCUCCUAAUCAACCUUUGACCCAGUGAUGAGGUGGUCUGUCUUAAUGAGAUCGACUUUAGUUCCAUAUCAUCUGCCCCCUAGAAGAGCACAAUAAAAAUCACCCAAAAACCACAAGAAAUUAAUCACGGUUCGGUCGAAAUGACACAAAUAAUCGAAAGUGCCAUAAUUUGCGUUUAUUUUUUUGAUGUUAUAUUUACGACAAAGCCUUACAAAUGAAUCGAUCGGGUUUAGUUUUGAAAAAAUUUGAAUAUCAAUCGAUAAAGCAACCGUUUUUUAGGCCCUCCCCAGACUUGGGAUUUAGUUGUCGACAACUA